GGAACAAGGAUGGAAGGAUAUGCAGAUCCUUCUACAGCCACUCAGGAUGCAAUGAUGCUAUGGGAAGCAUGUCAGCAGAAAACAGGCGAACACAAAACCAUGCUGCAAAUGAUUCUCUGCAACAGGAGCUACCAGCAGCUGUGGAUGGUUUUCCAGGAGUUCCAAAAUCUCUCUGGGCAAGACAUAGUAGAUGCCAUUAAUGAAUGUUACGAUGGAUACUUUCAAGAAUUACUGGUUGCAAUAGUUCUUUGUGCUCGUGACAAGCCUUCCUACUUUGCUUACAGGCUUUAUAAUGCAAUUCAUGACUUUGGGUUUCACAAUAAAACAGUUAUAAGGAUUCUCAUUGCCAGAAGUGAGAUUGACUUGAUGAGUAUACGACAGCGAUACAAAGAGAGAUAUGGGAAGUCACUCCUUCAUGACAUUAAACAUUUUGCUUCAGGGCAUUAUGAGAGUGCUUUACUUGCUAUCUGUGCUGGUGAUGCUGAAGAUUAA